ACAUGCCAGCCAACUCGAACUCGAAAUACAGAGAAGAAUCCAAUUCAUAUCUUCUUCUUCUUCUUCCUCUUCCUGCUUCACCAAAAAUCUCAAAACUUCUCCAGCACUCGGGAGGCCCCUUUUGCGGCUACCGGUGACUGUGAAUCCAACCGAAAGAAAGCAGCUUGAAGAGUUUCAGGUUCUGUUGAUUGUUCUGUCUAAUGGAAGGUCCGGGAGGCAUCUUGGCGGCGAGUCUGCGGCGAACCGGCUCGGCAUGGCGGGGCGGCAGUAGCAGGGAUGUGUUCUCUAGAUCUUCGAGGGAGGAGGAUGAUGAGGAGGCGCUCAAGUGGGCGGCGCUGGAAAAGCUUCCUACUUAUGACCGAAUCCGUAAGGGAAUUCUGGCCGGAUCAAGGGGGGGUAGGGAAGUGGAUAUUUCGGAGCUUGGUUUGGCAGAGAGGAACAUGCUGAUGGAGAGACUGGUCAGAAUCGCAGAUGAAGAUAACGAGAAGUUUCUGAAAAAGCUCAAGAAUAGAUUGGAUAGAGUUGGGAUCGAGAAUCCAACCAUUGAGGUUAGGUUUGAGAACUUGGAAAUCCAUGCAGAUGCUUAUGUGGGGAACAGGGGAGUUCCCAAUGUUCUGAAUUUCUUCACCAAUAGGAUUGAGGCACUACUGAACACCUUGCAUAUACUGCCAAGUAGGAAGAGACCGCUUACAAUCCUUCAUGGUAUCAGUGGAUUCAUUAAACCAAAUAGAAUGACCUUGCUUUUAGGCCCCCCUUCUUCAGGAAAAACCACAUUGCUUCUGGCUCUAGCAGGAAAGCUUAGCAAGGACCUGAAGGUCUCUGGUAGUGUGUCUUACAAUGGCCACGGUUUGGAUGAGUUUGUGCCCCAAAGAACCUCAGCUUAUAUCAGUCAACAUGAUCUACACAUUGGAGAAUUGACGGUGAGAGAAACCUUAGCUUUCUCUGCAAAAUGUCAAGGUGUCGGAACCAGAUAUGAAAUGCUGACAGAGCUUUCAAGAAGGGAGAAGGCGGCAAAUAUUAAGCCAGAUCCUGAUAUUGAUAUGUAUAUGAAGGCUACUACACUGGAAGGUCAGGAAAUUGUUAUCACAAACUAUAUCUUGAAGAUAUUAGGAUUGGAUAUCUGUGCUGAUACUUUGGUAGGGGAUCAAAUGAUACGGGGAAUAUCAGGAGGGCAGAAGAAAAGAGUAACAACAGGUGAGAUGCUUGUUGGGCCAGCGAAAGCACUAUUUAUGGAUGAGAUCUCCACUGGUUUGGAUAGCUCAACUACCUACUCUAUAGUGAAUUCACUGAGGCAAUCCAUUCACAUCCUUGGUGGCACUGCCCUCAUAGCAUUGCUUCAACCAGCUCCUGAGACAUAUGACCUCUUCGACGACAUUCUUCUAAUCUCCGAAGGCCAAAUAGUCUAUCAAGGCCCCCGAGAAAAUGUGCUCGAGUUCUUCGAAUCUAUGGGCUUCAGAUGUCCUGAAAGAAAGGGUGUUGCUGAUUUCCUGCAAGAGGUAACAUCUAAAAAGGAUCAAAGACAGUACUGGGCUCGCUUGGAACCAUACAGAUUCAUCUCUGUUAAUGAGUUCUCCAAUGCUUUUCUUUCCUUCCAUGUGGGAAGAAGAGUGGAGCAGGAACUUCACACCCCAUUCGACAAGACUAAGAACCACCCUGCUGCUCUGACAACAACAACAUAUGGAGUGAACAGUAAGGGUUUGUUGAAGGCUUGCUUGGAGAGAGAGUUUUUGUUGAUGAAGAGGAACUCAUUUGUUUACAUCUUUAAAUUGUUCCAGAUUACUGUGAUAUCAGCAAUAGCGAUGACUGUGUUCCUGCGGACCAAGAUGCACCAUCGUAAUAUUGACGAUGGAACAAUCUAUAUGGGUGCUAUUUUUAUUGGUAUUAUGACUCAUCUGUUCAAUGGGUUUGCGGAACUAGCCAUGAGCAUUGCAAAGCUUCCUGUUUUUUACAAGCAAAGAGAUCUCUUAUUCUUCCCAGCAUGGGCUUAUGCUUUGCCUACAUGGAUUCUUAAGAUUCCAAUUUCUUUUCUGGAAUGUGCACUGUAUACUGGCUUGACUUACUAUGUGAUUGGUUUUGAUCCAAAUGUGCAAAGGUUCUUUAGGCAGUUUCUGCUAUUCUCUUUGCUUAGUCAGGUGGCUUCUGGGCUUUUCCGAGUUGUGGCGGCACUUGGCAGAGAUAUGACAGUUGCAAACUCUUUUGGUUCCUUUGCCCAGCUGGUGGUGAUUGUUCUUGGUGGAUUUAUCAUUUCUAGAAAAAGCAUCAAGGAUUUUUGGAUCUGGGGUUACUGGUCAUCACCCCUGAUGUAUGCGCAGAACGCCCUAUCAGUGAAUGAAUUUCUUGGGCACAAAUGGAAAUUUAUUCCUAAUUUGACCAGCAACAAAACAUUAGGAGUCCAAGUUAUUGAAUCCAGAGGCUUAUUUGCUGAAUCAGAAUGGGUUUGGAUUGGUGUGGGAGCUUUGAUUGGCUAUGUUCUGGUCUUCAACGUUGUAUACACUACUGCUCUUACCUUCCUGGAUCCAUUAGGGAAAGGUCAGGCCAUCAUAUCUGAGGACACUCUGAAUGAAAAAGAGUCUAACAGAACAGGAGCGGUUGUCGAACUCUCAUCUAGAGGAAGAAGUUCCCGUGGGUCUCGAGGUCGAGAAGAUCGGAGUCAUAGACAGACAGAAAUCAAUCCAGAGGAUGAUCCUAACAGAAAGCGUGGAAUGGUUCUUCCAUUUGAUCCGCUUGCUUUAACUUUUGACAAUGUAAAGUAUUCAGUGGACAUGCCAGCGGAAAUGAGAUCGCAAGGCGUUCAAGAUGAUCGCUUGGUGCUCCUCAAAGGUGUCAGUGGGGCUUUCAGGCCCGGAGUUCUCACUGCACUUAUGGGGGUCAGUGGAGCUGGUAAGACAACUCUAAUGGAUGUGCUUGCCGGGAGAAAAACUGGGGGGUAUAUAGAUGGAGACAUCAAAAUUUCAGGCUACAUAAAGAAUCAGGACACUUUUGCUCGAAUAUCAGGGUAUUGUGAGCAAAAUGACAUCCACUCCCCUCACGUCACUGUCUAUGAAUCUCUUAUCUACUCCGCGUGGCUGCGGUUGCCGACUGAAGUAGAUGCUAAUGCAAGAAAGAUGUUUGUCGAGGAGGUUAUGGAACUCGUUGAGCUGACAACAUUGCGGAGUGCGUUGGUUGGAUUGCCUGGUGUUAAUGGGUUGUCGACGGAGCAACGCAAGCGACUGACGAUUGCUGUUGAGCUUGUUGCUAAUCCUUCUAUAAUAUUCAUGGAUGAACCAACAUCUGGAUUAGAUGCCCGUGCAGCGGCGAUUGUGAUGAGAACUGUUAGGAACACUGUGGACACAGGAAGAACUGUGGUCUGCACUAUUCAUCAACCUAGCAUUGAUAUUUUUGAAGCAUUUGACGAGCUGUUUCUAAUGAAACGUGGAGGAGAGGAGAUAUAUGUAGGUCCACUAGGCCGUAAUUCAGCUGAACUCAUUAGAUACUUUGAGUCAGUAAACGGAGUAAGCAAAAUAAAGGAUGGUUACAAUCCUGCAACAUGGAUGCUGGAGGUGACAAACUUGGCUCAAGAAGAAAUCUUGGGGGCUAACUUUGCUGAGAUAUACAAGAAUUCUGAUCUCUAUAGGAGGAAUAAAGCCUUGAUUAGCGAGCUAAGCAUCCCUGCCCCUGGAUCAAAAGAGCUCUUCUUCCCCACAAAAUUUUCACAGCCUUUCUUCUCUCAAUGCCUUGCUUGCUUUUGGAAACAAUACAAAUCAUACUGGCGCAAUCCAUCAUAUGGUGCCAUACGCAUGUUCUUCACUACAAUUAUAGCCCUUAUAUUCGGUACCAUCUUCUGGAGGCUCGGCUCAAAAACGAAAACGCAAGGUGACCUCUUUAACGCGAUGGGUUCCAUGUACUGCGCUGUUAUGUUCAUUGGAGUCCAGAAUUCACAAACUGUACAGCCAGUGGUGGAUAUUGAACGGACGGUAUUCUACAGAGAAAAGGCUGCCGGAAUGUAUUCUCCACUACCAUACGCAUUUGCUCAGGUUGCUAUUGAGGUUCCAUAUACAUUGUUCCAGGCAAUAGUGUAUGGUGUUAUAGUGUACAGCAUGAUAAAUUUUGACUGGACAGCAGCCAAAUUCUUUUGGUAUCUAUUCUUCACGUUCUGCACUUUCCUGUACUUCACGUUCUACGGAAUGAUGGCGGUGUCGUUGACUCCUAACUCAGACAUUGCAGCAGUAGUUUCUUCUGCAUUUUAUGCCAUAUGGAAUCUCUUCGCAGGAUUCGUUAUUCCGCGCCCUAGAAUACCAAUUUGGUGGAGAUGGUACUUCUGGGCAUGUCCAGUCGCUUGGACCAUAUAUGGCCUACUUGCUUCACAGUUUGGUGAUGUAGAAGAGAUUAUGACAGAUAAUCAUAUGUCAGUGAAGGACUAUCUGAAGGAUCACUUUGGCUAUAAGCACGACUUCUUGGGGGCCGUUGUCGCGGCAGAAAUUGGGUUCCCACUUCUCUUUGCUUUUGUUUUUGCAUUUGCGAUAAAGACUUUGAAUUUCCAGAGGAGAUGAUGCGUUGUUGGAAGGGCAACAUGAGAAGAAUUAUGGUGUUCGCCUUCAAACAUUUCUGUAACUUUGCGUAAAAAUGAAAAUAGGAUUUCUUUCAUGAGCCGAUUUAUUGGCCCGAGUCUUUUCUUUCUUUUCUUCUUUGAUAUAUAAGCUUUUUUUGUUUUCCCCUGAAUUAGAAUGUAUAAUAGUUUUCAUUUCUAAAUCAUGUUUGUAUGAUGUAUCAUAUGGCAAAAUUAUUCCUUUCUUUUGUUCA